AAACAGAUGAGCGAACACACACACACACACACACACACACACACACACACACACACACGUGACUUCAGACCUCAGAGGCCUUCUGCAGACAAGUAAAAACAUUUUCUGAUCUCCUUCCUGGAUAAAGUUGCAGGAUUUGAAGAAGAUUUGAAAAAUGUCAGCAGGCGAAGCCUUCGUCACCCUGGCAACGACAGACUCAUACUGCAAAGGAGCCGUAGUGGUGGCCCGAAGUUUACGGCGCCACGGGACGACCCGCAGCACCGUCGUCAUGGUCACACCAAACAUCUCAGAACAGUCGAGGUUUGCCCUGAAGGACGUAUUCGAUGAGGUCAUCCCGGUGGAUGUCAUGGACAGUGAUGACCACGUCCACUUGUCCUGGCUGGGACGCCCAGAACUCGGCAUUACCUUCACCAAGCUCCACUGCUGGACUCUGACCCAGUACAGCAAAUGUGUCUUCCUGGAUGCUGAUACACUGGUUCUGUGUAACGUGGACGAGCUGUUUGAGAGAGACGAGCUGUCGGCUGCUCCUGAUCCCGGGUGGCCCGACUGCUUCAACUCUGGCGUGUUUGUCUUCAGGCCGUCCCUCCACACCCACGGCGGCCUCCUGGACCACGCGCUGCAGCACGGCAGCUUUGAUGGAGGGGACCAGGGCCUGUUGAACUCGUUCUUCAGCAGCUGGCCGGCUGGAGACAUCAGCAAACGCCUGCCGUUCGUCUACAACCUAAACGCCAGCUCUUUCUACAGCUACCUGCCUGCUUUCCAACAGUUUGGCCACAACGCAAAGAUCGUCCAUUUCUUAGGAGCAGGGAAACCCUGGAGCCAGAGGGAGGAGAGCCGCUCUCUCACCAUGCAGCAGUUUGUGUGUCUGUGGUGGAAGGAAUACCUCAGUGACACGACAUCAUCCACAGCAGGGAAACAACAACAGAUCCAAGAACGAGAAGAACAAGCCAAGAUGCCAUUUAGAGAAAACUCAAACAGUUCCAAUUCCCUGGCAGUGCACUCCCCGCCCCCUUCUGAGAGCCUUCGUCCACUGUCUGAACCAGUGACAUGUUCCCACACGGAUAACACACCACUGGAGGAGGCAGGAACGUGUGAGAGGAUGGAGAUCCAGGACCAGAGGGGAGCAGAGGUGGUGCAGGGCAGCGCUGGCGCCUCACACACCGACACAGAUCCUAGGGCUGCAGAGGCCGAGGCAGACGAAGAGCGGCUGCAGCAUCGCCGGCUGUGGGAGGCCGGGCGGGCUGACUACCUGGGCAGAGACACCUUCCAAAACAUCCAGAAGAUGCUGGACCGCUUCCUGGAUUAACUCAGGGGAACGACUCGGCCACCCAAACACCCCUGUGUCCUUGAGGUCCUUUUACGUUCCCUCUGAGGUGGAGCUCAGUCUGACCCCAGUGGUGAUCGCCAGAAUGAUUUCAGGAUCGGAUUUACAUGACUUUUACGGGCAAACAAACAUAUUGUCGUCCCGAUGUGUAGGACAGCUCGUGGUAGUAUCAAGGCUGGCUGAGAGUGAUGCAAUGCCAGCCAUCUUCACUCAGACUAUUGUAUUUGUCUACAAACCCUGAAUAUCCAUACAAUUAAAUCAUUUGAAAGACGAUCAGGCCUCAACUGCAGGUUCUAAAAAUCCAGCAUUCAUAGCUAUACCUAUGAAAAAUAAUGCCUAAUAAACACUUGAAUUGAUUGAGUUGGGCUCUAAAACAAAACCAUACAGAUGAACAUUUCUGUGGCUCAUUGAUGUGUAGUUCAUGGUUGGAGGGUAUUUUAACUGCACACUAUGAGCCUCAUUUAUAUGAAACAAACAUAUUUAAAAAAGGUAAAUGAUUGUCGUGUCUUUACUUUGACUCCAUUGUCAGAAUGUCUUCUACUUUUGUUGUUUACACUCUGAUAAAUUCUCAUAAAAGCAAAGUGAUGCAAAGUCAGGAUUUAGAUCAUCUGUUGCAUCAGAGGAGAGUUCAGGGCCAGGCAGGCGGGGAAAUGAGGAGCAUUUCAUAUGAAGUGAAGACCUUGAGAAGGAAGCCAACAUGGAGAAUACAUUUGAAAUAUAAUGUAGAAAAUAAGGACAAAAUGUUGAGAAUAAAAGUUAAACUUUUGGGAAAGAAUCAAACUAAUAGCUUUGUCACAUUUACUGAAAUGUCCACUUAAUUCUCAACAUUUCAACUUUAUUAUUGAAAUGCUUUCAUUGUGUUCCCCUUAUGCUUGGCCAUCAAACUCCUCCGUACAAACAAAGAAUCAUUUCUGUAGUGAAGCUUUCAUGUAAUUGCACAUAGAAACUGGGCUGAACACAAGCAAUAUGCAUAACAAUGUGUCAUGCAUUAAAACCAACGUGAUAUCUCUUUACCUCUU